AAACAGAUAUAAAUCGCCAGCGUCAGUAAAUAAUCGCAGUCUAUCAAUUAUAUUUGAUGAACAACUUCGGCUUAAUGACGAUGAAGAGACGAGAACAAACCGCUGUACCAUAGUAAAUACUGUUUGUACUUAAGCUUAACCUCGACCAUGGCUAUCCCAAUUACUUUAGAGAACCAGAUCAAGCUUCAGAAAAACUGGGAAGCCAUCUGUGACGACUUAGGUGUGAAGCACGUUUCCCACAAGCUCAUCACAAGAGGUAUUCUGACCCAAAAGGAACUGAAUGAUGUAUUAGAAAAGAGAACUCAACUUGAGCAGACCCAGAAGCUCCUUACUCUUUUGUUAACCAAGGACAAUCAACAUUUCGAGUGCUUCCAAACAUGCUUGCAGGAUGACUAUAGUUGGUUGGCAGAUGGACUGUGUGGAACUGUUGUGACGGGAGAAGAUAGAAAGAAGUUUACAACAUCUCUCCUGGAACAAUGUUCUCUCCCCCAACACCCUGUAUGCUUUGAAGGACGCUGUGAUGAGGUUGAGGAGAUAACGCAGCUGUUCCUUAACGGCGGUCAGCUAGCCUCCAUUCAAGCGUUUGGUGGGCAAGGUAAAACUGCCCUUGCUACGGUUAUUGGUCACACAUUUGUCUCAAGACUUGGAAUCCGCUCCGUUAUGGCGGACCUGAGAAAUGUUUCCACCGAUUUAGACAUUGUAAAAUCCUUGUUAUUAGCUUUGAAAUUACAUACGGAUACAGAUUUAGAACACUUAAACCCAGAAAAACUUCUCACAAAAGCUUGCCAAGAAGUAGCACAGUUUGGGCAAAAGAUAUUGAUAAUUCUAGACAAUUGUGAGACCGCUAUGGGUAGGGAUACACUUGAUUAUUUCCGUGAUUUGUUAAGCAAGUUGAACACAAACUGCAGAAAUGCAUAUGUAUUAUGCACGUCACGUGACACGAUUCAUUUGCCCAACAUGAAGGUUCAUGUCCAGCCCCUCGACUCCCUAUCUCAGUCGGCGUCCUUUUCCAUACUCCGAUGGUAUUCCCCCACCCUGGACCGUGAAGAAGGGAACGUUCUAGGUGCGAAAUGCGGAUUCAUGGCACUGUUACUCCAUAUUUUGGGGUAUCUACUUAAUCAAGGAAUAAAGGCCGCCGAUUUGGUAAAAGAACUUGCUUGUAGCGUAGAAUUUGACAAAAAAUUAUUUGGCCUGGGACCAGAACUGCAAGAUGUUCACGCUUGUAUCAAUCUUACAUACAAACGACUGAGUUCUAAGGAACAGAUGGCGUGUCAACUUCUGUCAGUUUUCCCGUCAAUGUUCACAGCUAAUGAGGCAUUUGCCUUGAUAAGCAAAGAGUGUGAAGAUAUCACACCACUAGAGGCUCAAGGAACACUCCGGACUCUGUGUAACACCUCGAUGCUUGUGUAUGAUAAAGCACGAGAAGUAUAUGUGAUGCACAGCAUAAUCCAAGCCUUUGCUCAAUACGAAAUGUCAGCGGAAAACAAGGAGCGAUUCAAUCUUCAUUUUGUGAAUUUCAUGGAACCUUGCAUAAGUGGUCUGAAUAGUAAAGGUGUCCGUGAAGGAAUUAUUUAUUUUGAAGGAGAAAGAGAUCGGUUUUCAAAAUUUCUUGAUAUUUUCUAUAUCCUGUCACUUUCCUCAAGGCAAAUUCUCUACGACAAAAUGAAGGAGUUUGCAGCGGGUCUCUCUGCUCUACACAGGUACGACCAUGCAUUUCGCGCCUAUAAGACCCUGUUGGAGACCCUCCUUGAAGUUGGGGAAAUGGUAAACAGUGCUGAAGCUGCUUUUUUAUACAGUAAGAUUGGUACUUUGCAUAAAGAUUUGGAAGAGAUACCGGCUGCCAUUGCAAACCUGAAGAAAGCAAUUGAAAUAUACGAAUCACUACCAGAUAAAUACAGUUACAAACAAUAUUUUCACAGUAUCUUUAAUCUUUCUUCAAUAUAUGUUUCCGAAAACAAAAUUUCAGAAUCUUCCAUGUUGCUAGAGAACUAUAUAGCAGAAGCUCCUGACCUUUGUUCCCGGUUUUUAUUUACAUGGUUAAAUAAUGCGAUCAAGCCUGCAGAAAUGCGGCAAGAUAUGGAUUCCUUUGUUGAAUCACUGUUGAACACUUUUAUACACUCACAUAGUUCAAAUGAAUUAUUUGAGAGUGACAUCCCUGAUACACCAAUUGGGGUAAUAGUUGAAUUAUUAAACAAUGCACAUUUUAUCGCGGACGGUAUGAAAAACUUCCUUAUCGAUAUGUUUGUAUUUGAGUUACCAAUGGAUGCCAGAAGUGGAAACUUAAGCUUACUAUUUGAAAAACUACUAACAGACAUUUCAGAAACAUGCGAGGAAAUGAAUAUGCCAUCAGAUGAAGCAAUGGAGCUAACGAAUUCCCUCUUACUAGCAAGACCUAAUAACGCGGGUGAUUAUUAUAAGGGUAUAUUUGAUAAAUUGAAGAGGAUAUUUGGAGAAAACAGCAACCAAAUAGGAAGCAUUAUUUUUCAGGAGGCUUGUGCCUUAUCAACACAGGGAAAACAUGCAGAUGCCCUCAGUGCAUUCCAAAGAGCUCUUCAUAUAUUUGAACAAGCGUCCGGCGAAUGUCCGUUAACGGCCGAAACCCUUCUCAGAAUAGGCCAGGAAAUGAUAAAGCUGGACAAUGCAGACGGCGCGGUUUCUUUCCUCAGGCAAGCUUUGGCUAUGAAUGAAAAAAUGCUGGGAGAAAACCACGAGCAGACAGCAAACAUGAUCCUUUCCCUGGCUGGUGCCUUGUCAAUACAGGGAAAAUAUAAAGAUGCCCUCAGUACAUGCCAAAGAGCACUUCGUAUAUUUGAACAAGUGUCCGACCAAUGCCUCAAUAUGGCUUUAACCCUCUGCUGCAUGGGUGAGCAAAUGAGGAAGCUUGACAAUACGGAGGGUGCGGUUUAUUUCCUCAGGAAAGCUUUGGCUAUGAAUGAAAAGAUGCUGGGAGAAAACGACGAGCAGACAGCAAACACGAUCCUUUGCCUGGGCUUUGCCUUGUCAGCACAGGGAAAACAUGAAGAUGCCCUCAGUACAUUCCAAAGAGCUCUUCGUAUAUUUGAACAAAUGUCCAGUGAAAGUGUGAAUACGCGUACGGCCAUAACCCUCAACUGCAUGGCUGAUGAAAUGAUAGAGCUGGACAAUGCAGACGGUGCAAUCGAUGUCGUCAAGAAAGCUCUGGCUAUAAUGGAGAAGACGGUAGGAGAAAACCACGAGCAAACAGCAAUCUCGUUCUUCUUGCUGGGUCGUGCCUUGUCAGCACAGGGAAAACAUACAGAUGCCCUCUGUACACUCCAAAGAGCUCUCCGUAUAGGUGAACACGUGUUGGGUGAUAGCGCUAUCACAGCUUAUACGAUGUUCUACCUGGGCCAGGAAAUGAAGCUAAUAGGCGACAUUAAGGAGAGCCUUGAUAUGCACCAAAGAGCUCUGGACAUACGUCGCUCUGUACUUGCGGACCACGAAGACACUCUGCUCAGCCUUGAAGCUGUUGUUGAUCUCUUGGACCUCAACGGGAAACCCUCGGAGAGUGCAGAUAUGAAGAUGGAAGCCACCGCCAUGAAGGAAAGAUUGGAAGCUGCGAAAUUAGAGGUGCAGAAAAUUGCACGAGUCGCUAUAGAGAGAUUUGAAACUGAAACCUCUGCAAAAACUACACAAAGACAGUUGGAAGACCUUGACCUCGGGUCAAAUCCAGCCAACCCAUCAGGAGGCAAAACUGAUAAGAAAGAGGCUGAUUCAACAUUGACUUAAUAAAAAAGAGAGAUGAAUGACUUUGAUCUUGAUUAGUACUCUAGGCACAGUGCACUUAUGGUGAUACGACGUCCCUGAAAAUCAUCGGAUAUGUCGAAGACAUUUAAUAAGUCAUAGACGAUUUCAGAAAUUUCAAGUAAUAACUUUUAUUGUAUUCUCUAUAAUACAUUAUGUCAAUUUUGAAACGGCUGAGUAAGGCUUAUUUACCAGUCUCAUUAAGAAGCCAGUGAUAAUGAAGUGUAUGAAGCCAUUGGCUGGAGUACGUACUAAAGGGGUGUAAUAUUGAAUAGAGAGUAAGAAUGUACCUGACCAGGCAACGAGUUCACAUUUAACGAUUGAAAUUGGUCAUUUUUGUCAGUGUGGAUUUCCUCUGUAGCGUUUAGACGUAACGAUUUUGACAGCGAAUCUGGCAGGUUAUACUAACUUGCUAUCCUAAUUAAAGGUACCCAACGAUGUCCGCAUUUCGAGCUCCAUUCUAAAUUACAUUUAUAUCUAAAAUUUGCACGGUUCCGGACAGGAAGAACGUUGUUGUUUUACGUGUAGAUAAUGUUACAGAACUAUACCAAGUGAUGAACCGUGUAAUUCAUGUUAUUCUGUAUGAAAUGUGAAGAUAGGGAACUCGAAGGGAACAUAAUAUUAGGCAAAGCGCACAUAUAGUCCACGUCCAUGACUAUCAUCGUAAGAACGUUGUUUUUUUACGUAUAGAUAAUGUUACAGAAGUAUACCAAGUGAUGAACCGUGUACUUCAUGUUAUUGUUUGUGUGAUGUAAAGAUAGGGGACUCGAAGGGAACAUAAUAUUGACUUUCAAACAAGAACGCGAGGCAGAGUGUGAAAUUAGACUCAAUUGAUACUAUUAGUGCCAGUGUAUACGGGUUGUUCUAGAUUAAAGACAAAACAGCGCCAAGUGCACAUUCCACGUCCAAUGUACGGGAGGGGGAUAGGUUUCCAUCGUCAUACAUAACAUAUAUUAUUGUAGUUGCACAAGCACUGUAUAUAUUUAAAACGCAAAAAAGAAAUUGCAUGCAUUGAAAAAGAAGGAAUCGAAAAUAGUGUGUAAAUAAUCUUAGAGAAUAUGACAUCCCAAUGGUGAAUAUUUUGUAUUAGAAAUGACAAACACUCUAGAUGUAGAAGACGACACACCCAGUGAUGUAUGGUCAUGGCAUAGUGAAGAAUUGUUAUCUGUCACAUUUUUUAAAGUCCAAAACGUGUGAGCCCUGAAAAAAGCGUUUUAAUAUGUGUAUGUUCAUUUAUUUGUUUAUAUACAUGUAUAAAUAGUAGUACACGUAUUUUGAUAAAGAAAAUAGUAUAUUUACGAAAAAGGUAUUUAUUCAAUUCAACGGACGAUCAGGUGUAGGGGCAAUCAAGAUGAUGCAAAGUAAAGAUUUUUACUGUGAAGAGAAGCAUCAGAAGCAGUCGCUGGUAUUUUAAAUUUUGCGGCCACUUUUUACGUAGCAUAGAAUGAAAACUGUACAUGGGUAGCAGCUAUAAUAUUGUAUAUUUAUUACAUUUAUGUACCGUUAGUGGAUAUUCUAUAAUCCGUCCACCCCUUCGGAGCAGAGGACAGGAAAAUGACUCCUCGUGCGUGGAUAGAUAUGAAUUGAGAACUUAACUUAUUCAACACCAGAGUGUUUAAGUAAUAUGUUUUUAGUAGUUACUACAUGUAUAAAAAAAAGGUUUAUUUAUUUGUAAAAGACCAUCGGUAACAUUAUUGGGAAUCCACUGGUGUGGGAAUCGGGUCAGGAAAGAUUUUCACAGGUCUAUUUAUAUAUACAGGUACUUGACCAGAGACAGAUUGUACGCCUGUGUAUUUAUUAGUAUUGUAAUGACACUAAUUAUGAAAUUAUAUUGUUAUGAUGUUAAAAAGUAAAACGUUGGUAGAAAUUGUUUAAUACUUGUACCAAUGUUUCUAUUGGUCUUGAAAGGCCGUGUUAAAACACUACAGUAGAAAAUGAAGCAGAGCUACGAUUCUUUGAUACUUUUAUUCAAGAGACAAACUAAAAGAGAUAAAUAGAAGAGAGAGGCUGACUUGUACAUACAGUAUGACGUUAUACAAGUACUAGUAUAUUCCUCUGAAAUGAUACAUUCCACGUCCAAUGUACGGGAGGGGGAUAGGUACAUCCAUUUUAUUAGUAUAUAAUUAUAUGCAUGUUUAAUGGGAUCCAAGUCCGAGGAAAAACACACAGCUAUAAUUUUGGAGUCAAAUAUUGAGGAUUGACUAUGACUUACAUACCCGAGGCUGAGCACCUACUACAAGUUGUGCAAUGUUUGGGAUAUGCUGCUCUGAAUAGCUACUGUGCUACAAGUGCCACACUUGACAUUUUGCAUGUACGGGGCAUCCACCGGUAGAUGGCGCUGCAGCUGUUUGAAUGGCAAGGGGACACUUCAAUAUGGAUAACCGACGUGCAGGACCACAUCGGUGCCUUGCUUCAUAUUUUCUGCUCCAGACUUAUGAUGUUAUAAUAUGAUGACAUCGGAGCUCUCCUUGGUGUGACUGAACAUGUUCACCAACGUAGCGGUAAUAUGACCCAAUUGUGCCAAAUGUCCAGUGAUAUUAUGAAUUUGGCAUCAUGAGGAGACCAUCAAGUAAGUGGCCACCAGAAGAUAUAUUUUGUGUGUUUGGUUGACAGCCUCCAUCACCAUUCCAAGAUUACCUCGUCUAUGGACAGUUAUCCUCUGGUUAAAUUACAUGACUGACAUUUAACAUAAAUGUGUAUCUUUUCAUAUCUAUGUUUAUUAAAACUUAAAUUAAAUCAGAAUAAGUAAAGGUAAAAAUAGCUUUUGAAUAAUUUUCAGAAGCAUAAUGGGUUUACAAUUAUGAAUAAUACAGUAUAUGUUGUGGAGUAUAUUUUUAUUGAGGUGUUUCAAUCAAUAGCUUGUUUCAAAAACAUGUUCUAUGUAAACAGAUGUUUGAUGAGAUUUAAGAUUUUUAAGAUUUUAAAGCUUUUAGUGAUUGCAGUUAUGAAUCAUUUUCUAUUAUUUAGACACUAAAAAACUGAUAUUCGCUAUUUAGGAAUUACUAUUUUCCAUAUUUUGCACCCUCGGUGUGAUAGACUUUAAUUUGAUUUGCAAUGUACCUUGAUGGAAUGAAACUAAAAAACAAGAUCUAAAUGGCUUUGUAAUGUGAACUUUAUUGCAUCAUUUUUUUUUUCAAAAAAUUUAUAUCAAGUUGUUCAAUAUGUAUCAAUAACAGACACAAAUGCUGGUUAGUGCUGAUAUUAACUUGAUUUUCAAAAGUUGCAUAAGAAAGUGAAUCCUAAUAAAAUAUUAUUGAUUGUCGUGUUAA